AUGGGAUGUGUAUUCUAAAAACAGAAAAAAUUCGAAACAAGAAGCAAGCGUUACUCAACAAAUGCAAAUACAUGUAUCACACCAGAUACAAAACAAAGUUUAGAAGUUUAUAAUCCAACUCUUCGUAAGAAUGUAUAAGUUCCGAUACUUGUACCUGCUUCAAAAAGCAAUAUUAUGAAAAGAAGAAGUACAUAAAUCACUACAGGAAUGUGA